AAGCGGCGAUGGCGGCGAACACCAGCGCGGAUCUGCUAUGGAUGCUGACACGUUCUAACAGCUCUUUCCUCGUCAAGAGAGAGAGUGGCCGCAUUCAGCUUUCCAAGGAUCCGUUCAACUUGAUGAACAAGAACUCCUUCAAGUACUCGGGUCUUGCCAACGGAAAGAGCGCCGACAUCCGCCAGUACGAGAACAAGGGAAUCGUGCUGACCACCAAGCUCACCAAGGCUGCCACCAGCCCGGCCAAGAGCGUCAGGAAGGUUGUCUGCUCCAGGGACUUCGAGCGCAACUUCAAGAAAGUUGCCAACUGCGUUUCCAAGACCGUCGGUGGAUACUACCGCCCUGACCUCGAGAAGUCGGCUCUUGCUCGCUGGACCAAGUACCACCGCGCUUUGAAGAAGACCAAGGCCAUGAAGGCUGGCAAGAAGUAAAUCGCUUGACAUACCGAUAUUUGAAUUACAAAAACAACAAAAAUCAAAAAUUCC